AAUUAAUUUUUCAAAAUGAUAACAUUUGCAUUUCUUAGAAAACGUGUGCGACAGUCUGAAGACAUGAGUUUCGAGAACAAUUGUUACAAGAUCACAUUCACGGAAAAGGAGAACAUUUCCUUAUUCGGGCAUAAGUACGAUUUUCAUCUGGAAGGCGUUGUGGACUGCCCUGAAUUUGUCGUACAUUUUCCGCUACUGGAAAAGUAAGUUUUGGGCAGAGUAGACUUGUACCUUGUAUAGUGCCUUUUGAAAUGGAAUAUUUCUAAUAUAUAUGUAUAUAGAAAUAUUAACAUCUGUAGGACCAAUCGUUUGUCUUUUCAAUGCCAUGAUUUUUACGGGCAAUGGAAUAGGCGGGUCUUCCCAGAAGACCACAUAAGUCUUUAUGAAUGGUUUGGUCCGUUUUGAAUAUUUUGCGUCUAUAUCGAUCAUAAAAGAAACGCUUUGCAUAUAUUAUCCCACAUCGGGCGGACCAAGUCAGGUUAUAAUUAAUAUUUUGGGUUAGAAUUUAAAAUAAUUAUUUUUGAAUUAUUUUUGGACGUCAAAUUUCUAUAGGUUUAUUUUUGUCUCUCUAGAAUGGCGGCGAAGUUUGGUAUGACGUUAGAACUCGCGCAAGGCUUUCAUCAUUUCUUUGAAGAUCAUAAAGAUAUAGAUCAAUAUAAAUUCUUGUUGAACAGAAUGAAUGCUUUAGAGGUAAGGUUUUGGGAUUUGUUCAAGUGUGGAUGAUCUACAUACCGUCGUUUGCAUCUACACGUGAACAGUCGCAGAUAAAGACAAUGUCUUUUCUCAUGUGAAACUGCAACGUCGUUUUAGUUACUUUAUAAAGUUUUUUAAUUGAACAUACUGUGUAUUAUUAUAUAGACAUAUCCUCCAAAAAGAGAAGGCGAUAAACUAGCGUCAGAUAAAGAAGAUGCUUACACUCAAGCGAAGGAAGUUUUUGGUGAAGGAGACGACAAAGACAUCAGGAAAUGUGUGG